AUGGUUCAAAAAGUAAGAGGAUCAGGAGAAAAGUCACAGCACUGCCAUACCUGCCGCCGCCAGCGGCUGCGCUGCGACGGCGUCCGCCCGACCUGCAACAAGUGCGUCGCGCGCGGCGUCGACUGCCUUGGCUACGGCACGCUGGCGCUGCUCUGGGUGCAGCCGCCCAACGAUCGCGCCGUGAUACCGGUGCCAGCGGCGGCGGCGACUGCGUCGUCACCAACGGGGGGGAAUGCGCGUUCGGUCGACCGUCGGAAAAAAGGCCGCCCCAAGCUCGUGCUGAUGCCGCGCGCGGCGUCGGAGCUCACCUUGCCCAACGGCGAGGGGCUCGAGCUGACGAAGAAGCCAGAUGCCGCGCAGCUGCGUGCGUACCGGAAAGUGAUGAGGAUGCGCGGGUUUCACGACGACUAUCUGCGGCGGCGCGAGAUUGUCCCGAGUCCGGGGUUGGAUCCGGAGGGCUACCAAUUACAGCGGCUGAUUAUCGAUUCGCUCCGUUACUAUGAUGACCAUGUAUGCUCGGAUUUGGUCCUCUUCGACACCCCAACCAAUCCGUUUCGCGUCCUCGUCGAGUUUUGGAGCUACCUGCCCGACAUUGUCUCUGACCCCCUCGUCUCCGUCUCGGCCGUCCAUCGCAUCAGCAAGACACAAUGUGCCCUCGAUGCUGCUGCGUAUGUGCCGGGCUGCAAGUACGCGUUUCGACGGAACAGGCUCCUCGCGGUCAGGCACCCGCUCGUCCCCGUCGUAUUUCGACACCAGCAACGGAUGGCGGGUGCGCUGGCCUCCAUGGUCGCCAACCCGGCACUGUGCGAGCAUCGCGGUAUCCUCGAAGCCAUUACCACCAUGAUGCUUUGCGAGAUCCAGCAAUCGCUGUUUGGUGACUGGGAAAAACAUCUCCAUGGGGCUCAAGCCAUCAUCUCGGCCCGGGGAGGGGUGGCAGCCUUCGUGUUGGAACAGCUGAACCCAGUCAACUUUGAUCUGUGCACAGUCAUGCAAGUAGAAGUGAUGCGAGAUGUGGGAUCGCCAUCCUGCCUUUUACGCUCCAAAAAAGCCAUGUACGAGGACUACUUGGAAUAUGUGAUACCCAUAUACCAAGAAGGAUGGCUCUCGGCAUUCCCUUGCACAGAUUUCUUGAUGAGCUCCCUCAUCCGCAUCAACUUGGCUCGAUACGAUGAUUUCCAACAUGGCGGCGACGUCAUGACUAAACUUGCGCUGCGGCGGAAGCUUCUCGACGACAUUGUCGCUUUUUCUCCAGCGGCGUGGCUCGACGAGCGCACCCCGAAGCUUGCCAAGGUGUUUGGGUCGCGCGCAAAACAAGCAGAAAGCGGCAGCACACGAUCAGCCCUCUUGGACCUUAUACAAUCAUUUCAAAUGGCUACUAUCCUCUAUGCCAUCCGGACGCUGUUCCUAGACCAUGGUAUAUCUGCCUUGAUAGGGCAGACCACGGAAGGAAUAACACCCACAUUAGACCAAGUCUCGAGUGAGAGCGGCAUCCUCGAUUUGCAGCAGGUAGAGGCAGCGGCCAUUGAAGUGCUGGGUGCAUCUCUGCGGCGCAUCUGGAAGAUGGAGCAAGCAUCGCCAGACUGGUUUGGCAAGUUUACUGUCUGGCCACUGUUUAUGCUGGGCAUGUUCAUCGGCCCAGUGGCCGAACCAGAAGAAACCAAAGACUUCAUCUGCACGUCGCUGCUACGGCUCGGUCAUCACAUCGGGGCCAUGGCGUACAAAGACGCCAUCUGGGCUUUGCAGCACACCUGGGAGCGGUCAGAGAAUAUUGAGCGCUAUAGCUGGCUUGGCGAGCUGCCUUUGGAUGUGUUGCCCGGGUUGUUCUUCAUGUAG